AUGCCAAUCCACAUCAUCUUCCUCGCCGCCGCCAUCAUCACUCUUGCCCCUCGUCCAGUGCUCUCACUCUCAGCCUCCCCGCCGCCGCCGCCGCCGCCGUCCUUGCCCUUACUCGCGCCGAUCCAGAAGGACCACACGACCCUCCGGUACACCCUCUCCGUUUACCUCAAGACCCCUCCCCAGCGCCUCGACCUGCUCCUCCACCUCGGCGGCCGCUUCUCCUGGGUCGACUGCUACUCCGGCAACUACUCCUCCGCCACCUACCGCCACAUCCCCUGCAACUUCUCCGUCUGCGUCCCCCUCGACUCCCUCGCCUGCGGCUACUGCUACGACCGCCCGCCCGGCCCCACCUGUUCCAACGACACCUGCGAGUACUUCCCCGAGAACCCCCUCACCCGGAAGGUCGGCCUUGAGGACGCCCUCCUCGACGCCCUCGGCCUCCCUUCCACCGACGGGUCGAGCGCGGGGCGGGUGGACGUCGUGCCCGACUUCCUCUUCUCCUGCGCCAAGCCCGACCUACUCGCCGAAUUCCCUAAGGGGACCUCCGGCCUCGCCGCCCUCGGUUUCUCCAACGUCUCUCUUCCCGUGCAGGUCGCUGAGGCCCGGUCCCUGCUGCGGUGCUUCGCGUUGUGCCUGUCCGGGUCGCGGUCGGCGGCGGGCGUGACCUUCGGAGACACCGUGAUCACAUACGCGCGGGAACCGGCGGCGGAGUACUACGUUGGCGUGACGGCUGUCAGGGUCAACGGGAAGGUCGUGCCACUGAACGCCACUCUGCUGGCGAUCGACGAGGAGAGCGGUCGCGGCGGGACCUUGAUCAGCACCGUCCUGCCUUACACCGCGCUCCAGACCUCCAUCUUCAGGGCAGUCACCCAGGCGUUUGCGCGGGAGGCCUCCGCCGCGUUCAACCUCACCACGAUACAGCCGGUGAAGCCGUUCAGCUUGUGUUACUCCGCCAGAGAUGUGGGCGUCACCCGCGCGGGCCCAGCCGUGCCGGCGAUCGACCUGGUGAUGCAGAGCGAGGACGUGUUCUGGAGGGUGUUCGGGGCGAAUUCGAUGGUGAGGAUCCAGAGGAAGGGGACGGACGCGUGGUGCCUGGGGCUUGUGGACGGCGGGGCCGAGGCGCGGGCCGCGAUCGUGAUCGGAGGGCACCAGGUGGAGGACAACCUGCUGCAGUUCGACCUCGGGUCGAUGAGGUUGGGUUUCAGCUCCUCGGUGCUGGUCCGGGGGACUACUUGUGCCGAUUUCAACUUCACGACCGACAAUCAUACGUGA